CCCUACAUAUAUUCAACAAUAACACUGCACUUCACAGCACCAAAAUGGUCCACUUCCUUCCGGUCGGUUUCGGAAUUCUUCUCGCUGGAAUCCUUGCCUUCGUUGCAAAUCCACGCCUUCCUACCUUCUCCUUUAAGGUUUUGAAGCUGUAUCCUACCCUACUCCACGACUCCACACCGGCAUUCAGCAUAAGCGCCGACAUACGACUACACAAUGCCAACUUUAUAACCGCGGAGGUGUACGCCUUUACUUUCGAUGUGUACUAUCCGGAUUGGGAAGAAAGACUUAAGAACAUCGGUCAAGUGACGGAUGUUUUCCAGAAGCAAAGCGAUCCAACCACAACGAGUGGUAGCGCAACGAAGGAAGCAACGAAUGGCAAGAAGAAGGAUGCCAUAUGGACGCUAGCACCAAGGAGUAACUUUGAGAAAGUUGACGACGUAAUGAUGGUACCGACGAAUGCCGGAAUGAAAGUAUUUUCGAAUCUAUCCUGGGAUGCUUUUCAAAAAAGUGGAUUGCUUCAGGUCCCACUGAGCGGAGUCUUCCACAUCAAGGCGAAUGGAAAAAUUCCUCUUUCGAUGUCGAUGAUAUGCAAUAACAACGUACUCGAUGCGUGGAACAUGGAAUUCCAAGGGGUCAGCUGCCACCUUGACUACGUCGGACCGGGCUGGACGGAUCUUACGAUAGAGUCAGCACGGUUGCGGUCGAAACUUGAAGACACGACGUGGAGGGCUGCCGAUUUUCCCCUUCCAGAAGCAGAAGAGAGCGCAGUGGAAACCAUAAGCUGAUUUACAGAAGAAAAAUUCCAUCGGCGAGAAAACACUGAGCAGUACGUUGUGAACGGCUUAUUGAAUUUAGACUU